AUGGUAAGAGCAAUGCAGUUGUCAGGCUUUGAGGAUGUCAGUUGCGCAGUACACCAGAUUCAACUGUGCAUACGAGCAAGUGUCGAAUCUCAAGAGUGGCUUCUACAACUUAUUGCUAAAUUGAAAAAAAUUGCCACCCAUUUCAAUCAUUCCUUAGUAGCACAGGCAGAACUUACAGAAAUUCAAAAGAAGCGCCUUAAUCAGUCUCCUCUUUCUGUCAUUCAAGAUUGCCCUACAAGAUGGAACAGCACAUUCUACAUGAUGGAAAGGUUUUCAAAACUCAAAGAUUCGCUUGUCUUGUACCUAAGCGCAAAUCCAAUUGCAAUUAUAUCCCCCGAAGACUGGAUGAAUAUUCAAAAAUAUGUGCAAUUAAUGCAGCCAUUUGAAGAAAUAACAAGAAAUCUAAGCAGUUCUCAAAUCAGUAUUUCAUCAGUCAUACCUUUAAUUCAAGUUGCCUUGACCACGUUACAACAAGAAGAGGCGAAACCUACUACUUCAGAACAAGUCAUAAAUUUUACAACAAAAUUACGCGAUGAAUUGAAUUCAAGUGUAAGAUUUGGAAACCUGGUCGAAGACGACAAAUACACUAUUGCGACGUAUUUGGAUCCGCGAUAUAAAUCGCAUUUUUUCACCAGCGUCGUUGCAGAGCAGGUUGAAUCUAAAUUACUUAAUGUGACUGUUACCGCCAUUAGAAGUAUUAGAACCAGACAAUCCAAUUCCAUCCAAGAUGAUGACGCACCUUCCCCCAAAAGAAGCCGAACUCAAAUUGCGAUUGAAGACAUUGAAAAUAUUGAAAUGCAGCCUUCUACUUCCAAAUCAUCAUCAUCAUUACAAAUAUUGGAAUCGAUGUUAAGUGUAAAUGAAGACCAGGAGGAGGACUCUUCUACAGCUGAUGAUGGUGACAAUUUACUUUUAGAGAUACAGUCACACCUUCGGGAGUACAAGAAAGAGAAGAGACUACCUCUUCAUGAGGAUCCCCUUAUGUGGUGGAAUAGAAAUGCGCACAAAUACCCCCAUAUCUUGCCAAUAGUUCGCCAAUACUUAUCAGCUCCCCCCAGCAGUGUAGCCAGCGAGCAAUUAUUUAGCGGAGCUGGUUUAAUAUAUGAAGAACAUAGAAAUAGGCUAAAAGGUGAAAAAGCGGCCAAGUUACUCUUUAUUAAAUAUAACUUGCCGCUAUUUAAUUUUGACUACUAAUUUAUAUUCUUACCCACGACGGAACGCGUUUGGGGUGAGAGGUUGUUUGUGUGUUUGUUUGUGCAAACAAAUGUUGCCAUUUAUCUUCAAAACCACUAGUCCGAUUUUAAUGCGGUUUUCAGUGAUGGGUUUGGAUUAAAUUGCUACAUAUUCUUAGAUAGGUUUUACGUCAAUAAUUCAUCAGGGGGCGCUUUAGUAGACAUUUCUUUAUGAAACCAAUUUCAUCGUUUAGAGUAGAUAGGUUGGUACAUUUAAACCAUUAUGUCGUGGGUAUUUCAAAAUUUUUAAUUUUGUUACUUGUACUACUACAAAUUUAAUAAAAAACAUUUAAAAAUACAAAAUUGUGCUUUUUCUUUAUAGUAUUAACGCUUCCGCUUCCGUUAAGAUU